AUGUCGGGAUCCGGGCUUGGGGCUGCUCGCGGCGAGCUCAGCCUCAUGGACAGGGGUGUGCGGAGCUUGCUGGAGCUCUCGCUGAGCCCGGGCCUGCGCGCGCUCAACCUGCACGGAAACCGCGUCGCCCGCAUCGAGGGGCUCGCGCACCUGCGGGGCCUGCAGCACCUGGACCUCUCCUCCAACCGCAUCCGCCGCAUGGAGGGGCUCGGCGCCUUGCGCGGCCUGCGCACCCUCAACCUCUCCUGCAACCUCCUCGACAGCGUGCAGGGACUAGAAAAACUGCUUAAUUUAUCUGUACUGAACUUGUCGUAUAACCGCAUACACGAUCUCUCUGGGCUUCARUGCCUUCAUGGAACCAGCAGUAAGAUGAGUCGUAUUGAACUGCAYGGUAACUGCAUAAAUGAUAUUAAUCAUUUACUUCAGUGCACAAAGGGGCUGUGCUCUUUGACCAAUCUCACAUUAGAGAAAAAUGGAAAAACCAACCCAGUUUGCCACACAGCAGGUUAUAGAGAAAUUGUUUUUCAGAAUUUGCCCCAACUAAAAGUUCUAGAUGGAAGAAAUGCUUUUGGUGAACCAGUAGAAGACAAGGCAGAAGAAAACUUGCAGUGUUUAGAUGAUAUUUUGGACUACUUGGUUUCAUCUGCAACCCCCCAAUAUGAAGAUAAGAACUGUGCUACAUUCCCGGUGGUGACACCUCAUAUUGACCAGGCAUUAGCCUAUUUUCGUCAACGAACAAAAAUGUCCCUGCAAAGCUCUGCCAGCUCCUCUACGGAGGCCAUCUCCUCUUCAGAACCAGAAAAGGCCAAACUGGAUAAAAUACAGAGUGAGAUGAGGAUUAAAAAAAUAGAAGAUCAGAUUUCUCAGAUACUGCAAAAGGUAUCUGAUGCAUCAAAGAAGGAAGCUCCUUCACAUGUUCUCAAAGCUAAGAGAGACACAGAUCCAACUUCUGAGAGUGACCAUGAGAGCGGGAAAGAAAAUGACAGAAAAGCUGUGAAAAGAAACAAGAUCCCACCCUGCCGUAGAACUGCCUCAUCUGCCAAGAGUCCUUCCAGUCAUUCUAAGAGCAAAGUAACUGGCAGAGAAGAGAAAAGUUUAUCCAAGUGUCCACGCUCCAAUCAGAGAGACUCUCAUGUCAGUUCAUCAGAUACUCCAGACCUUGAAGUAAUGGGAAGAAGAGCUGAAUUAUUAAUAGGAAAGCAGAACCGUACAGAAAAAAUAGAAGAAACUAAUUCAGAUGCCCCGGAGGAAUCCACAUACCGAGCACUGAUUCAGGAACUGGAUCAGGAGAAAGAAAGAAGGUGGAGAGCAGAACAAGCUGAGAAGAAAUUACUAGAGCAUGUCAAAGAACUAGAAAAACAUGCGAAAGAAGAAAAGAAUAUUCAGAGUAUGGCGGUAUACACUACAGAUAGGUUAAAGGAAUUGCUACUAAAAGAGAGAGAGGUUAAAACAAGAUUGCAAGCAGAUAUCCAGCAAUUGAAAGGUGAAGCUGAAAGACUUACUAAUGAGUUAAAUCAGGCAAAAAAUAAAGAAGCAGAAUAUCAGAAGGCCAUACAAGCUUUAGAAGAAACACUAUCCAAGAUGGAGACACAACGGCUGCAGCAACGAACAGCAGAGAUGAAGCAGGUUCAAGAGGCAGAACUUAGAGCAUCAGCAAAUGAAAGAGAAGUCCAGUUGCUCAGGGUAUCCCUUCGACAACAGAAGGAGAAGGUAAAACAACUACAUGAACUUCUCAUAGUAAGAGAACAGGAACAGAGGAAAGAACUUGAAACUCGAGUUGCUUUACAUGGACCUGAAUUCCAGAAUGUCUUGUCAAAAGAAAUGGCUAAAGAAGAACAGAGACAUGAGGAGCGUGUUAAAGAAUUGCAGGAGAAGAUUAAUGGGUCAAACCAGAAGUAUAUGGAGUUGGAAGAUGAAUUUCGUUUGGCUUUAACUAUUGAAGCAAAAAGGUUUAAGGAGGUUAAAGAUGCAUUUGAAAGUGUUGCUGCUGAGCUAGCUGAACAUAAACAGGCCCUCUUUCUGUCUGAACAAAAGGAGAAGGAGAUGGCAAGUCUGAUCCAAGACCUGACAAGUAUAGUGAAAGAACAGAAAGCAAAGAUUACAGAGUUAUUAAAAUCAAAGGAAGAAGCCACAGCAAAUCUCAAGUGUCGAACUGGAGAACUUGAAACUGUGGCUGAGGAGGACAAGCAGAAGGCUGUUCAAAUUGAACUCCUCAAGAAGGAAAAUGCAAAACUURCUUCUCAGCUGACAGCCCAGGAAUCUCUAAUCGAUGGAUUAAAAAUGGAAAGAAAAAUAUGGGGACAGGAGCUGGCACAACAGGGAGCUCAUCUUGCUCAAGAUCGGGGAAAACUGGAGGCAAAAAUUGAGGUUUUAACAAAUGAGAUGGAGACUUUGAAAAAGCAAAAGGAACAGGACAGUGAUGCUCUGCGAAUUAAAACCAAAAUAGUGGAUGAUCAGACAGAAACAAUUAGGAAAUUAAAAGAAGGUUUAAAAGAAAAAGAUCAACAAAUCAGAAAACAACAUGAAGAAAAUACUGAGGSUCAAAAGAUUUUUCGGAUGCAGUUGGAUGAAAAAGCUGCUGAACUGGAAGAAYUAAUGGAAAAAUUAGAAAGGCAAAAUGAAAGAAAAGAGGAAUUAAAGCAGCUACUAGAAGAAAAAGAAGUAGAACUUGAGGACGUUAAGGAAGUACACAGUGCACUGAAGAAGAAGUGGCAAGGUAAAGGAGAACUAUUAAGCCAGCUGGAGGUACAGGUUAAGCAAAUGAAGGAGAACUUUGAUUCCAAAGAGAAGAAGCUGAUUGAAGAGAGAAAUAAAAGUCUUCAAGCUCAGAAAGUUGCGAUGGAGAAGCUUCAUGCAAUGGAUGAUGCUUUUAGAAAGCAACUUGAAUCAACAAUAGCAGCUCAUCAGGCAGAACUGUUGCAGCUGGCAAAUGAAAAACAAAGGCAAAUCGAAGAAGCAAAUGAAAAAGUUUAUCAUGUUGAAGAAGAAAUGCGUCAGCUUCUGCAGGAAAUGGCAAACAACAAAAUAUGCAUGGAGAAUAAAAUAAGACGACUUACAAGUGCACUAAAUGAUAUUCAACAAGAUCUUUGAAACAGUGUGCCUUACAUCUGAGAGUUUCCCUCCUCUUAAAUACAUACACUAAGAAAGUGUAUGGAGUAAGCAUAUACAUAUACUAUGAAGCACUUCUUUUUUCCUUGUUUUCUUUGGGGAACAUUCUCUGGGAUGUUUAUUUUGAAGGUUCAGGAAUCAGACAUAAGUAUUUUUAUAG